GCCAAAACCGCGACGGGUCAGCAGUAAAAUUUGUACAGACUGACCGCCGGUCAGUUUCUAAAAUAACGCGUAGCUAGCUGCAUAGCUUAUCGACGCUAUUUCUUGGCGUGUCUAUAUUAUUAACCACUGAGUGAAUUUUUUACACCGGGGAGAGAGAGGUUAAUAACUGGACUGUUUGUUUUUUUGUAUAAGGUUUGAUGUUUUUGAGGAAAAUGUUACAUUAUCAAAUUCAAUGUUUCAAAAACUCAUAAAAGUCUAAAUUGGACAUUCGAUUUUGCAAUAAUUUUUCCAUUAAAUCUAUACCUUAUACACAAAAGCUCAAUAAAAUGCAAACAUGACCGAAGAAGCCUGCACCAAAAUGUCUUCAGACGAAGACGUGGCCUUUAAAGUGCUCAACCAAGACAACCUACCCAUGGCAGUAAUGGGCGAAACCAUCUACAAACCGUUCGGUAACGAUCCGAAAAUCAAACCCAAUUUGAUAGUGCAUCCGACGCGAAGGGUGGUUACGAAUUUGGAAGAGAACAAGCAAAAGGGCUUUGCGAAAUCGCACGGGAGUAUUCCCGAUAAAAACGUCGGUAAAAGGUUGAAGAAAAAGUUGAGCCACUCGCACGGGCAAUUGAACCAUAACAACAGCAACGUGGGUGCGAAGAUUGAGGAGUUGAAGAAUCAGGUGGAUUCGAAAUUCACCAAAACCCUAGACGCCAAACUACGUCGUUUACAACGCGAAGAAAAGCACCAUCAGGCAAACAAAAAAAUAACCAACAAUUACCUGGACAAGCACCGGAAACCGUUUGUAACCACCGUACCGAAAGGUACCUUCCUAGAACCUCCUGUAGCUCAUUUACAUAAAAAGGAAGAAUGCAAAAAGCUUUUUACUUACGCUAGUCAACCUAGGGUGUUGAACAGAUCACCGGGGAAAUUUGUGCACGUGCAAAAAUGCACUGCGGCUUUCGCGGCAGCUAAAAUUGCUGGAGGUGUUGCUGGUUUCAGGUAUUUUGAUGAUUUAGCUGAUGCAGGAAAUGAAGAAUCGCAAUAUGGCAAUAUUAUGCACGACAAACGAGUGUUCCGAGGUAGCAAUUUUGCUCUACAACAUGUGCCCAAGUGGAAUCCUCAUUUUGCUUAUGCCAAACUACUAUCCAGAGAUGAAGGUGAUGGCGAUUCUGGAGCUUCCAGGGUAGCUGAAGCGAGACGAAGAGCCCUGGCUCGUAGAAAAGCCAAAAACCAGCAUUACAAACCCAACCAGCUGCGACUCGGAUCGCCUCCCCCAGUGGCUGGAAGGCGUCACGAAACUAUCCAAACUGAAGUCUAUUUGGAAGAACUCUUCGUCAAUCCUCCAGUCGAAGAUGUUUGCACCCAAACCGACUUGUUCGUCGAAAGACCGAUAUCGCCGUUUUAUGUGCCUGCUAAAACCGGUGCCGAUGUUGAAACUCAAAUAUAUCCUGGAGAUCUGUUUGAUUUUGAUAUGGAAGUCCAACCAAUCCUGGAAGUGCUUGUGGGCAAAACAGUUGAGCAAGCUCUAAUUGAGGUGUUGGAAGAGGAAGAAUUGGCUUCAUUGAGGGAGCAACAACGACGAUUUUUGGAACUGAGAGCUACUGAACAAGCAGAAGCUUACAGAUUAGAAGAAAGAGAAAAAAGACUGGUGAAAGAAAAAGAACGCAGAAUGGCAGAGCACGAAGAAGGUGUUAAAGUGCAAAAAGAAAUGGAAGAAAGAAUAGCUGGAGCUGUUCUAAUGCAAGGGUACAUGGCUGAUUUAUUACCUUCAGUAAUUGAAGGAUUAGAAGAAGAAGGAUUCAUGAUGGAUAAUAUUAAAGAAGAUAUUGACGAAUCCUUUAUGCCGUGGCUGAUUAAGGAAGUGACGCACGAAAUCCAGGAUAUGGUCAGCAGCAGAGACAUCUUGACUGAUCUUGUGAAAGAAAUCCUUGAAAACAGAGCAGAAAUCUAUAAGGCCCUCAAUAAAGAACCAUCAGCUGAAGAUACCGAAGAAGAAGGUCCUUCAGUUGAAGACAUGAUAUUGCAAGAUCAUUUGAGAUUGCGCGAAGAAAUUACCAAGACUCAAGAAGCUGAGGUUCAGCCUGAUGAGAAUCAAUAGCAGAUUGAUGAAGAAAGAAUUUACAAGUCCUUUAGCAGAGAGUACCUUAUCUGAGAAAAUUUUACAUAUUUUUAAACAUUAUUAGAAAAUGCACUUUUACAUACAAGAGGUAUUUUAUUGUAAAUAUUUGUUGCUGCGAAAUUCAAAUAAAUAUUGUUUUAUUUAA